CAUGGCGGCAAAAAUGCACUCGGAUGUGAGUCGAAAGUGGCAAACUGAUUUGCCUAAACACCCAGUUUUCCGAGAGCUCUCUGCAAGGGUUGGUGAAGGAAAUUCAAGAGAAAGAGAGGAAUCGCCGGAAAGGACAUCAAAAAACAUUUUAAUAGAAAAUGAUGGUGAAAUAUUUUUAUGGAAUUCCUCGAACACUCGUGUUCUGACAGCUAAUCUGAAAAACUUACAUUUUGAAAAAGGACGGUCUGCUAAGUUCCAAUCUUUUGUAUGCACUGAGGCUCCUUUAUUUGAUGUGCAUUCCAUGCUGUUCAGUGCUUCGUCAAAGUACCUUUUGCUUGUAGGACAAAGAGGAAUAAUGGUUCUUGAGAUGCCAAUGAGAUGGGGAAAGUUUGCUGCGUAUGAUGGUGGCAGUGAAUCAGUUCUCUGCAGGACAUUUCCUAUUGAUUCAAGAUUCUUUGUUACAAAUCACAAGUUAAAGGUCCUUGAUGUCAAAUGGCAUCCAGGAAGCCAAACUGAUACUCAUCUUAUGGUGCUUACAUCAGACAAUAACUUGAGACUUUACAACAUCCUCAAGCCAUCUUCGCCGGAAGAAACCAUUUCCUUAGGGGAGUCCUCUUCCCUGACGGCUGAAUACAGUCAGAAGUCAAUAUCUAUUGGAUCUUCAUUGACAUUUGCAGCUGCUCUUGGAGAGAAAGCAAUUGCAUUUGAUUUUGCACCAGCUGUUAGAGAUACCAACCCAAAAGCAAGACUAAGCUCCAGUGAUUCUGAACCAGAUGUUGCUUACCCUGUUUUCAUUUUGAGAGAAAAUGGAGACAUCUUUUAUCUUCUUCACAGAAUCUCUCAGAUCCGGCAUCAACCAAAAGUUUAUGGUCCCGUUACAAUGUUCCCUGCAGCAGAUGAUAAUUAUGGUCAGGAUUCUUGCUCUUUACUGUGUCUUCAGUGUCAACCCCCUGUUAUUGUCAUGGCAACAGCAAGUGGAAAAAUUUAUCACUGUAUUGCUUUGGAAUCUGAAGAAUCUGAUGAUGCAGAGGAGGAAGAAGUCUCCUGGAGCAGACAUGAACAGACUCAAACCAAUAGCUUUCAUGGAAAGCUUUCACUCUUGGUUCAUGAAUGCGUUGAACUCCAGCUGUCUUUACUGAAUGAUGGAACAGGAUCCCAGUCAGAUAGGAGCUCUUCAGAAGAGGAGUCUGAUGAAAAUGAAAACUUGUUCAUUUUGAGACUCCAGCGAGAUCCAGUGUCUCCUUAUCUGUAUCAUUGUUCUCAUAUUGCUGGAGUACACACUGUUUCAUUGCCUUGGACCAAGAAACUACAGAGUUUUUGUGUGCAAGAUGAUAAGAGUUACUUUGACAUUGAUGAAGCAGCCACUGUUUAUCACAUGAUAUGUACAUCACCAACAGCAAGUGCACUAUCUCCAGUGCUUGGUGUUGGUGUGAUAAAUAGCAAAAUCCUUGGUUCUGCAAUACUAUGUCUGACCUCAAAGAUGGAAUGUAUUGUUCAACCUUUGAAUUUGUUAGAUAGACCAUAUUCCCCUCCAACAACAGAUGCAGACCUAGAAACCAGCCAUGAAAGUGCUGGGCCUUCACCAAUAAGGCUACUGAAUGUUGGAUUAUUCAAAAGCCAGAUUGAGAAAAUUCUAUUAAGAAACACAUCAACACCAUUGUUACAGGGUGGUGAAGAAUCUGAAAAAAUCUCACAGCAAGACCUUUAUCAGCUGCUUACACAAGCGCAAGAAAUACUAAGAAAACAGUACAUUCAAAAACAAAAUGAAGCUAGGGAAGAGAUAGAAAAAAGGAUCUCAAUCCUAAAAGAUCAGAAAGCACAGCAGACCCAAGAUUUGAGAAAACUUAAAGAUGUCAGCAGCUACCUCAGAGACCAGGCUGAGAAACUGGCAGAAAGACUGGUGGAUACUUCAGAUAAACAUAUGCAACUUGUCCAAAGACUGGAAGCUCUCUACCGCUAUGCUCACCGUGGCAUUCCAGUUCUCUCCUGUGCUGAGACUAAAAUGAAAGAAGAGUUAGAGGACAUUGAAAACUUUUUGAGGUUUCACAAGGACUCUUUAGAACAGAUUAAAUUGAAACAUUUCUACUCCAAGAGAAGUCCAAGAAGGUCAUCUUCAAAGUCACCAUUUGUUAAUGCAUCACAGCAGAGUAACAUUAGGAAAGUGCUGACUGAAGAGAGUGAAGCAAUUUCUGACCUUGUGAAUCAAGUUAAAGAGCUAAAACUUCAAGUUGGACUAUAAUUUUACAAUAUUAGUCACAAGAUCUUGUCAGAGCUGCAAAUAACUUUUCAUAGAAGAGAUUUUUUUGAUCAAAUGGCUGUUCACACUGUGAAUAGCAUUUGUGUAAAUUGAAGUAGCCUGAGGUGAAGAGAGACAUUGUAACUGCUUAUCUAAACCUCUAAUUUGUAAAAUUUUGUGAGUAGUAGUCACCUGUUUUUUGACAAAAAGCAAGCCAGAAAUAAUUGUAAAGAAGCUUGUCAAUAACUUCUAUCAGUCUAAACACAUUAGCAGUAAAGCCAACUUAACUUAAUUGCAGGAAUAAACCUGAUGCAGUUACUCAGUCCUUUAACCCUUUAACUCCUGUGAGUGACCAAGACAGAAUUUCUUGUUAGUUUAUCUAUAUAAUAUUAUGUUGACAAAUGAUGAGAAUAAAGAAAAAUAUCAA